AUGGACACUUCAGAUUCAAAUGUUGUACCUCAACCCCUCCAACUACUCCUAGAGCAAGCUUCUGCCAAAUCUCCCCAGAAGAUAGCCAUUCGAGUGGAAGGGGUCGAACUGAGCUACUUCAAGCUACAUCACUGGGUGAGAAACGUGGCGGCCGCUUUGGUCAGCUCUGGGAUUGAGAAGACCGAUCGAGUUGCUUGGCUGUUGCCCAACUGCCUCGAGGCUCUCGCUUUAACGUGCGCUUGUUAUUGCGUAGGUGCAGUAUCAGUACCUAUCAAUGUCCGCUACUCGCCAAAGGAAGUGUCAUACAUGGUUGAGAAGGUGAAGGCCAAAAUGCUUUUUCUGCAACCUGAUGCCUUGCAUGUCAUCCCGGAUUUGUCUCUGAUGCUCGAGGUGGUGACAGUGGGCUCCGAGAUGGUCCAUCCUCAUACGAGCUGGAGUGAUUUUGAGCAACGACAAGGGCCAAUAACUGUCCGACCGGUGCAAUCAAGCCAUCCUGCCUUGAUCCUCUUUACUUCAGGGUCUACUGGCCAUCCAAAAGGUGUCCUCCAUUCUCUUGGAGGCUGCUGGGCAGCUAUCAACACUUCGGCCAAGGCCUUAGGACUGGGUAACGAGGACGUGGUGCUCGUUGGAAAGCCUAUAACCCAUGCGGGUGGACUUCAAACACAGCUCCUCCCAGCUUUGAUGGUUGGAGGAGAGGUGGUGCUUGCGAUGACCCCACCACCAGCACAGGCUGUAGAGCUGAUCCAACGAUUUUGUGUGACAAGCUAUGCCAUGCUCGUGAGUUCUUUGCUAGAUUUUGUCGAGCAUUUGGAAAGAAGCCAGGAGACCCUGACCAGCUUGCGGAGGGUUGUUGGCUCUGGAGACUGUGUGCCGUUGGAGCUCCAAAGUAGGUUUCUCCAGUUGUUUGGCAGGCCAGUCUUAGAGGGCUGUGGCAUCACUGAAAUUGGAGGCUACUUUGCAAUGCAGCCCAUCGGGAAAGAAAAGCCGGGAUCGAUUGGACUCCCAACCGCUGGCACAGAGGUGCGACUGGUGGAUGAUGAGGGCAAUGAUGUUCCCUCAGGUUUUCCUGGAGAGGUGCUGUUGAGGACCCCUUCAGCAGCACUUGGCUAUUGGGAUGACCCUCAUGCAUCAGCCGAAUUGUUCCAGGAUGGUUGGUUGAGAACAGGUGAUGUUGCCCAGCGAGAUGAAGACGGCUACAUCUGGUUUAUCGGACGCCGCAAGCUCAUCAUCAUACGCAGGGGCUCCAACAUUGCGCCUGCUGCAGUUGAGAGAGUUUUGGUGAUGCAUCCUCAAGUGCGUUCCUCAGUUGUAGUAGGAGUGCCAGACAAGGAUGAUGGUCAGGUGCCUGUUGCUUGGAUUGUGGCACAGGAUUCCCAGCAUCCUCCAACACAGGCAAUGCUUGAAGAGCAUGUGUCCAAACACUUGGCUGUCUAUGAGCGUCCAGUGCACUAUUGGUUUCGGGCGGAAUUGCCGCUCAACAGCGUUGGAAAAUUCGACCGAGCAUUUUUGCAGAACGAGGCCAAGCAUAAGCAGCAAUGGACGUGCUCACAGUUGGCAGGUGCAUAA